GAGCAGCAGCCCCAGCGCAGCCACCAACAGACGCACCAUGAGGCCCCUCACACUGCUUGCCCUACUGGCCCUGGCCACACUCUGCCUUGCUGGCCAGGCAGAUGCAAAGCCUAGUGGUGCGGAUUCUGGCAAAGGUGCAGGUAUGAUGCGGGGCCUGAUGGGGGGCUGUGCCCUGAAUCACCCAGUGGUGCCGCCCACUCCCAGCACCCCCCUCACCCUGGUCCUCUCAGUCCCCCUGCCCACUCCUGCCCACUCCCAUCUGGUUAUCAUGAAGCCCAGCCUGUUCCCCACCUUGUCCACCAAACUCAGACCCACCUGGCCUUUGCCCCUCUGCUCCAUAGCCUUCGUGUCCAAGCAGGAGGGCACCGAGGUGGUGAAGAGACUCAGGCGCUACCUGGAUCAUGGGCUGGGAGCCCCAGCCCCCUACCCAGAUCCUCUGGAGCCCAGGAGGGAGGUGUGUGAGCUCAACCCCGACUGCGACGAGCUGGCUGAUCACAUCGGCUUCCAGGAGGCCUAUCGGCGCUUCUAUGGCAUAGCCUAGACCUCGCAGCCCUGCUGGCCUGGCUGGCAGCACGCCCAGCUCGGCUCCUCUGCAGGAUACCCCCGCUCCCCUACCCUGACUUCCCUGCCCGGCAAGUGUAAGGUCCCCAUCAUCCCAGCUGCUCCAAAAUAAACUCCAGAAGAGGAA